AUUUUUGUAUUGUACGUGCUGCAACUUGCAAGUCUAUUCAUUUGAAGGAGUCUUGAUUUUAAUAAAAUAUAUAAGUAGAAAAAUAUUAAAUAAGUCCACCUUUGAAAUUGUAAAAAGUGGUGUAUAGACUAUAGUGAACUUGUUCUUGUUCAAAAACAAUAUUCAUUAUUCCUGUUAGUUUCUAUUAUCAUUCAUGGGUAAUUCUGGGUUAAAACAACACUAUGAAACUGCGUCCAAAACAGGGGUUUUACAAUUAUCCAAUAGCAAACUAAAAGAAAUACCUCCAGAAGUGUUCAAUUUGUCUGAUCACUUGAGAAAUUUAGACCUAUCCAAAAAUAAAAUACCAGGCAUCCCCGAUGAUAUAAGUAAAUUUAAAUUUAUAAAACAGCUGAACUUAAGCAGCAACUCUAUUCAAAAUGUGCCCACUGCCUUGGCUAACCUCAAGAAAUUGGAAUUACUUAAUUUAUCAUGUAAUAACAUAGCCAGCCUUCCUGAUUCGUUUGAGAAUUUGAGCAACCUGAAACAGUUGUACUUGAAUAAUAACAAGUUUAAACUCUUUCCCAAGCAGAUACUUGAGCUGAAAAACUUAGAAGUUAUCGAUCUAUCUAAUAAUAAACUUGUAUCUUUACCCGAUGGAAUGUCAAAAUUAACAGCAGCAGAAAUGAAUCUAAGCCGAAAUGAAAUAUCGAGCCUGAGUGAAGACUUACAUGAAGCUCCGAAGCUAAAAAUUUUGAGAUUAGAAGAAAAUUGUUUAUCUUUGGAUGCAAUUAAACCGAGUCUGCUCAGGGACUCAAAAAUUCAUACAUUGAAUAUUGAUGGCAAUCUGUUUGAACCAAAGCAGUUAGCCUCUCUUGAAGGAUACAAUGAGUAUACAGAGAGAUACACAGCCAUGAAGAAGAAGAUGUUUUAAUAGAAAGCACCAACUUUUGAGAUUCUAAAUUAAUGUUCGCCAAAAUGUGUUUCAUCUUUUACACAAAAUGUUUGCAUAGUAAUUGGUGGUUGAUUUAGCAAUAAAAAGUUGCAUUAUGAAUUUUAUGUAAAACAACACAGUCUACAGAUAAUUAUGGCAAUUUGAAACAAUUUAUUUAAAGAAUGUAAAGAAAAGUAACUGUACAAUUAGUGUACAGUGUACACUCAUAAACCUCAUAACUAAAUAAGUAGAGCAAAAUAUUUUUGUGAUGUUAAUUAAUUUUCUAUAUUAUGUUAAA